AGCUAACCUCCACUCCAAGUCCUAACUCUGCUUGGCUAACCUCUUUACCUGUCCCUGGGUUUGGCUUGCACAUUCUUCUCAAGUCUUUCUCUUCUGAGACAGAAAAAGCCAAUUGGGAGGACAUUGCUGUAGACUUUGCAGAAUAGCAGAUCUGGUUUGCCAAGGUGGUCUGCCAUCAUCAGAGAGGAUUCAAGAGUCUUCUUCCUCCAUGCUGAAGGAGAGAGAUAUCUAUUUUUACAGCUGCUGAAGGCAUUAUAGAGGGAUAACACAUACCAGAUGAAAUACGAAGCAAUAGCUUUAAAGCCUUGAGAGCAACAGAACUUGGCUGCGUCAACCCAACUUGGCUUAACUCCGGCUCACCGAACAAAAUCCCAGAUUCUAUGCUUUCUGGGCUUGCUAUAGCUUUCUGAUCCUGGAAUCCUCUUCAAUUCCAGCUAGAUGCUGCGUCAGGCACUUCGCAGAUUUGGUCAAAAGCUGGUACAUAGACCUCCGCUCAAGGAACCAGUGGCUGAGGAUGACCCACAGAGAAGACUGAGCACUCUGGAUUUAGUGGCCCUGGGUGUAGGCCGCACAGUGAGUGUAGGUGUGUAUGUCCUGGCUGGUGAGGUGGUCAGCAAUCAAGCAGGACCAUCCAUCGUGAUUUGCUUUUUGGUGGCCGGCCUAUCUUCUGUGUUGUCUGGGCUGUGCUAUGCUGAGAUUACUGCCCGAGUUCCCCUCUCUGGCUCCUCAUAUCUCUACACUUAUGUCACUAUAGGUGAACUCUGGGCUUUUAUCACUGGCUGGAACCUCAUCUUCUCCCUUGUGGCUGAUACAGCCAAUGUAACCCGGGCUUGGACUUUAGCUUUUGCCAAUCUGCUUGGGAACCAGAUCUCUCAGACCCUGCGUGAGAGCAUCUUACUGUAUGUUCCCCAAGUCCUUGCAGAAUAUCUAGUCUUCUUUGUUGUGGGCCUUGUGUUGUUGCUCAUGGAAUUGCAGACUCUGAACCAUAGUCAGUUUUUCCUGAUUACCAAAGUGAUCACGUUGGUGAAACUUUUGGUUCUUGGUUUUGUCAUCAUCUCUGGAUUCAUUAAGGGGGAUCUGCACAACUGGACGCUCACAGAAGACGACUACAUAACGGCUGGACUCAAUGACACCUCUAGCUUGAGCCCCCUGGGCUCUGGAGGAUUUGUGCCCUUCGGCUUUGAGGGGAUUCUCCAUGGAGCAGCUACCUGUUUCUAUACAUUUAUUGGUUUCCACAAUAUUUUUGAAAGAGUUGAAGAAGCCCAGAAUCCCCAGCAUUCAGUCCCCAUGGGCAUUGUGAUUUCACUGUUCAUCUGCCUUCUAGUAUAUUUUGGUGUCUCUUCAGCACUUACGCUUAUGGUGCCCUACUACAAGCUUCAACCUGGGAGCACCUUGCCUGAGGCAUUUCUCCAUAUUGGCUGGGCUCCUGCCUACUAUGUUGUAGCUUUUGGAUUCCUCUGUAGUCUUUCAUCUAGCCUCUUGGGCUCUAUGUUACCCAUACGUCAGUUGAUACACAAGAUGGCAAAGGAUGGCCUAUUGUUCCCUGUUCUUGCCAGGAUAGAAACUGGCACAUAUGCUCCCAUCGUGGCCACUGUGAUCUUUGGCAUUACUGCACCAGUCAUGGCAGUCUUCUUUGGACUCACUGAUCUUGUGAACUUCAGGUCACUUGGGUCCCUGCUAGCUUACUCCCUGGUGGCUCUUUGUGUUCUCAUCCUCAGGUACCAGCCUCAGAGGAGGAAUGAGGAAAAUGAAGCAGAGGUGCAGGAGGAGAAUGGACCUGCAGCAGAGAGGCUGACUCUACAGGGACUACUUUUUCCAGGCAGCUCCUCCCCCACUCCACUCUCUGGCCGGGUUGUCUAUGUUUGCUCCUCACUGCUUGCUCUGCUGCUCACUCUUCUUUGCCUGGUGCUGGCCCAGUGGCCAGUCCUGCUUUCUGGAGACCCAGUGUGGAUUUCAGUGGUUAUGGUGCUCCUGAUGCUCAUCACUGGGAUCACUGGGGUCAUCUGGAGACAGCCUCAGAGCUCCAGUCCCCUUUACUUUAAGGUCCCUGCCCUGCCUCUUGUCCCACUACUGAGCAUCUUCAUGAAUGUUUACCUUAUGAUGCAGAUGACAGCUGGCACCUGGGCCAGAUUUGGUGUCUCCACGCUUAUUGGGCUUGCUAUCUAUUUCAGCUAUGGGAUCAAGCACAGUGUGGAGGGAGUUGGAAUGGCCAACUCCACUUAAGGUAGGGCCAAAACUGUGGACCUUGAACUCAUCAGUGCCCAUACAUAUUUAGUUUGACAUCAUCAUACCUGAAUGCAGUCUGGUCCCCCUACACAAUAAUUUUGAGUACUCUUUAGCAGAUGGAAAUGAGAUCUAUGGGAUAUUGGUGGGGGAAUAAUUUAUUGUGAGUCAAGGAUGUGUCUUUGCUCCUUCUUUCCCCCCCCCUUAUCUGCUUUUCAGUUAUGUCUGUAGCUGCCUAUUGGCUUUAAAAAAUAUUAAA